AUGGACGCCAUCAAGAAUGCCGCCGAGAACAAGCUCGGAAAGGACUCCCAGCCUGGCGACAAUGUUGAGCGUUCCGCUGAUAACGCGGUCGACCAACAGGUCGACAGUGCAGCCGGCGACGCUGGUGUCCCGGGAUCAGCCGAUGGCACCAUCAACGAGGUCGUGAACAAGGAGGUCAACGACAAGAUCCCCGGUGGCAACUAA